AUGCAGCUCUCUCUUUGGAACGAUUAUCAGGCAAUAUUCCGAGCCAAUUGGGCAACAUCAUCAGUCUCACUUACUUGGACAUUGAAGCAAACCAAUUCAGGAACAGUGCCCGCGCAGCUAGGGAAGCUUGAAUUUGGGAACUUUGAAGUCAUUUACCGUGGAGACUUCCUCAAUAGAUUGACUGGAAAUUUACCGACGGAAUUUGCUGAGCUGAAAAUUUUGAGACUUGGAAAUUCAAGAUUAAUUUACCAUAAUGGUGCUGAUGAAGGAUCUGUUCACAUUGACACUCUUAUGUACAGUAAGAUUAGUGACAUAGAUGGAACAAAUCAGACUUUUCCUGAUCUUAGAACAGUACCCUCUCAGAGGAGGACUUUGAGGAACUGCAAUAUUUCGGGAGAAAAACCUGGAUACGUCUGGGAAAUGAAUAAACGAGAGUUCUUGUUUUCCUACAAUAAUUUCACUCAGCAACCCUUGAAACACCGUGCUUGUCGGAACGCACAGGAAUUCGAUCUGAACUUGUUUCGAAGUUCUUCGGUGGCAAACAACUUAAGUGGAGUUCGUCCAUGCAAGACUGAUCAGAAAUGUCAUCGACCUCUGCGCUCUUUCUACAUUAAUUGUGGUGGAAAUGAUGUAAAAGAAUAUGGCAGCACAUUUGAAGGAGAUGGAGAUAAAAAUGGUGGUGUUGCAACAUAUUAUUCAAAUGAUCAUUGGGGAUUUAGUAGCACUGGAGACUUUGCAGAUGAUGAUGAUGAACAGAACAAAUAUUAUGUUGCAUCAUCUGUGCAAUCAUCAGACAUUUCAGAAUUAUUCAUUAAUGCUCGCAUUGCUCCUCUUUCACUUACUUAUUUUGGAUAUUGCUUACAAAAUGGGAAUUAUGUUGUCAGUCUAUAUUUUGCGGAGAUUCAGUUCAAAAAUGACAACACAUAUGGCAGCCUUGGAAGGCGCAUGUUUGAUAUUUAUAUUCAGGACAAACUAGUCGAGAGGGAUUUCGACAUAGAAGCUAAAGCUUCAGGGGUUCUGAAGCCAGUUACAAGAAAAUAUAAUGCUACUGUCACAGAUAACAUUUUACAGAUCCGUUUUAAUUGGGCUGGCAAAGGGACUACGGCUCUUCCUCAAAGGGGAGUCUAUGGCCCCCUCGUAUCAGCAAUUUCUGUGGUGGAUCCCAACUACAAACCUGCAAAGAAGAAGAAGAUUGUAGAAAUCAUUGCAGGUGUCGGAUCAUGUCUCAUAAUCUUGGCAUUGGGUAUCAUUGGUUGGAGAUACUAUUCCAGAGUCAAGAGGCGUAAAGAAAAUGAUGUUUUAAAAGGAUCAGAUCUACAAACAAUUUCUUUUACCUUGAAGCAAAUUAAGGCUGCCACUAACAAUUUUGAUCCUGCGAACAAGGUCGGGGAAGGUGGUUUUGGACCUGUUUACAAGGGUCAGUUACCUGAUGGUACUAUAAUUGCUGUGAAGCAGCUCUCUUCAAAUUCAAAGCAGGGAAACUGAGAAUUCUUGAACGAGAUAGGCAUGAUUUCGUGUCUGCAACACCCGAAUCUUGUGAAGCUUCAUGGAUGUUGUAUUGAAGGGAAUCAACUAUUGCUAGUUUAUGAAUACAUGGAAAAUAACAGCCUUGCCAGUGCUUUGUUUGGUCGUGAAAAUUGUCAACUGAAACUGGACUGGCCAACUAGACAGAAGAUCUGUCUUGGGAUAGCUAAAGGUUUAGCUUUUCUUCAUGAAGAAUCAAGGUUCAAAAUUGUUCACAGAGACAUUAAAGCUACCAAUGUUUUGCUUGAUAAGGAUAUAAACCCCAAAAUAUCUGACUUUGGAUUGGCUAAGCUAGAUGAGGAGGAGAAAACCCAUAUCAGUACUCGAAUUGCAGGAACAAUAGGAUACAUGGCACCAGAAUAUGCACUUUGGGGUUACCUGACCCACAAAGCAGAUGUUUACAGCUUUGGAAUUUUAGCAUUAGAAAUCGUUAGCGGGAGAAACAACAAGAGUUAUGGUCCAGCCGAGGAUUGCACUUGUCUUCUAGAUUGGGCUUGUCAGUUACAGCAAAAGGAGAAGAUAAUGGAGCUAGUGGAUCCAAAGCUGGGAUCAGAAUACAACAAAGAGGAAGCGGAGAGGAUGAUAAGAAUAUCUCUCUUGUGCACCAAUGCUUCACCAUCACUAAGGCCAACCAUGUCCGAAGCUGUAAGCAUGCUGGAAGGAAAAACUGCCAUCCCAGAUUCAAUACCUGAAACAAGUAGUUACAGUCAAGAUUUGAGGUUCAAAGCCAUAAGAGACUUCCGUGGACUGAACCGCAGUCAAACUCAGCAUUCGACAUCAGCCGAGGACUUCUAUACAAUUGAUGAUGAGUCAUAUUUGAGGUACAACGUCGUUAAAGAUGGAUAUAAAAUGAUUGAAACCAGUGGUUCAGAUGUUCAACUUUCAACAUCUAUGCCUUCAUGGACAAGCACUUCUUCAACCUCGGCCCAUGAUCAUAGUAACACCAAUACCAAUUCCUAGUAUAGUAUAAACAUACGUAUAUUUGUUGUUUCAUUGGACCAUACUGAUACUUUUUCUCUCUCUUUUUCUUUUGGCUGUAUGUGGUCUCAACAAGAUUGUAACUGAGUGCAAUCAAUGCAUGAAUGGCUAAUAUUUGUGUCA